GUUUGUUGGUGUGAGUGAGAAAUUUCUUCUUUCAAAGCACCACACAAUUUAAAUUGUUAUUACCAAAAACAUGGCAUUUCGAUUGGAUUUAAGGCGUAUAACAUCAUGUAAUCUAUUUAAAAACCAGAACAAAUUGAUUCGAAAUUUUGCAACAGAGAAAUCAAGUGAUGGUCGUGCAUCGAGUACCAAAGGAUCAUCAGUAAACACACCGUCAAAAGAAAUAGUAACCCCAUUCCCACCGCUCACAGAACCACUUAAAGAUCUUCCACCAAUUCAAUAUGCAACAGUAAGACCAGAACAGGAAGAAACUCAUGUGACAACUCUAUCAAAUGGUCUUCGAGUUGCAUCUGAGAAUCGUUUUGGUCAAUUUUGUACAGUUGGUGUGGUGAUUGAUUCAGGGCCUCGUUAUGAAGUCGCAUAUCCAAGUGGAAUUGCUCAUUUUCUUGAAAAACUCGCAUUCAAUUCGACUCUCGAGUAUCCUGAAAAAGAUAUAAUUUUACGUGAAUUAGAACGCCAUGGUGGAAUCUGUGAUUGUCAAUCAUCACGAGACACUUUCAUUUAUGCAGCAUCAGCAGAUUCUCGUGGACUUGAUCAAGUUACGAAAGUUCUUGCUGAAGUUGUUUUACGACCUCAACUCAAGCCGGAAGAAGUUGACAUGGCACGACAGGCAGUACUUUUUGAGCUUGAGUCACUUCAUAUGCGACCAGAACAAGAACCAAUUCUCAUGGACAUGAUUCAUGGUGCAGCUUAUCGUGACAACACUUUAGGUUUACCCAAACUUUGUCCUUCAGGAAAUGCAUCGAAAAUUGAUCGCAACAUGUUGCUUACUUAUCUUAAACAUCAUCACACACCGAAGCGAAUGGUUGUUGCUGGUGUUGGUGUUCAUCACGAUGAGUUUGUGAAAUUGGUAGAGAAGCAUUUUGUGGAAAGUCAAGCGACAUGGGACAUGGAGCCGUUAAAGAAUCGUGGAGCUAACUUAGUUGAUUCAUCAAUUGCACAAUACACAGGAGGAACGAAAACUGAAGAAUGUGAUAUUCCAAUCUAUGCUUCUGUUGGACUCCCAGAACUUGCACAUGUUGUUAUUGGUCUUGAAGGUUGUUCGCAUCAAGAUGACGAUUUUAUUUCCGCUUGUGUUCUUAACAUUAUGAUGGGAGGUGGUGGCUCAUUCUCCGCUGGGGGUCCCGGAAAAGGAAUGUACACUCGUCUUUACACUAACGUCUUGAACCGUUAUCACUGGAUGUACAGUGCUACAGCUUAUAAUCACGCUUAUAUGGACACAGGAUUGUUUUGUAUUCAUGCCAGUGCACCUCCAACUCAUGUUCGUGGGAUGGUUGAAGUGAUUACAAAGGAACUUGUCACGAUGGCAACAGCACCAGCUGCACAAGAGUUGAGACGAGCUAAGACACAACUACAGUCAAUGUUACUCAUGAAUUUAGAGAGUCGGCCGGUGGUGUUUGAAGAUAUUGGACGACAAGUGUUAGCGACUGGCCAAAGAAAGAAAACUCAACAUUUUAUUGAUUCAAUUGAAAAAAUUCAACCGGAAGACAUUCAACGUGUCGCUAGAAGAUUUCUUUCAUCAGCUCCAGCACUUGCUGCACGUGGUCAAAUUCAAGGUUUGCCAAGUAUCAAAGAUAUUCAAGCUGGUCUUCUUCAAAACGGAGUUUUGCCAGGCAAACGUUUAUCGUUGUUCCAUUAGACAAAUUUUCCUUUAUUUGCAAAUGUUGUAAACAUUCUUUUAAUAAACUCAAGCAAUGUUUCAGAGACUUAAAGAAUUAGAGACACAUUUUUACUUAUUUUCGUGCUUUUUAUUUCCUUUUCCUUCUUUUUUGUACAAAAAACAAAUUGCGUUGAAGAAAAGAAUAAAAAUAUUUGAUAAUUAAAGAAGAUUCUCAAUAAUUGCGUGAGAGAGAAAGUAAAAGUUUCCUUCAUUAUUUAAUAUAUUCGCAGUAGUUAAAUUUAAUAAGUUUCAGUAGUCACAUGAAUUGAGAUUUCACUUUAUGAGAUGAAACAAGAAUUGAAAGUUUAUUUUAAUUAGAUACAAGAAAUGCUGGACAAAUAGUGCAAAAUAAUUAUAAAUUGAUUUUCAUGAUUCAUUAAAUAUUUGUGGUAUAAAACUCUAUGUAAAGUAAUUUUAAGCGAUUGAAUUUAACAUUUUCAAAAUGUGUGGCAUUUUUUCCCUUAAGAAAGCUUAAAGCUUCAACUUUUUCCAUUAAGUUAAAAAAGAUCAAUUUUUAUCGUCAUUAAAACGACAUUCGACAAUGUAAAUUCUUGAGGAUUCUUUUUGUUUCUUUUAAGUGGUUUCUUCAUUAAUCAUUAUGGAAUUUAAGUACGUUACGUAUUUAAAGAUUCUCAACUGUUUCUUUCUUCAUCAAAUGUGGUUCAUUGAUAUGAGGCUCUUACAAAUAUCGGAAAGGUUUCUUUUUCUGGAGCUAGAAUAGGUUUCGGAGUUAAUUAUAAUAAGGGAAUAUUUUCAUAAGAAGAUUUUAUAUUGAAAAUGUUGAGAAAUUGGAAUUAGAGACACAGUAAAUCACAUGGAAAUCAUCAGAAUUAUCUUAGGAUCGGAAUUCGAAAGGAUUGGAUAAAACUUUAAGAACUUCUUUUUUCUUUUUCAGAAUCAGAAUUAUUCAUGAUUCCGAGCCCUAAUUAUUCUCUUUUCUUUUUUGGAAAUAAUUCAAAAGUCUUUCUUUUUUGACUGGUUUCAUGUUAUCGAUAAAUAAUGAGCAUUCAUUCGCUUCCUAUCACUACAAGCAUUCAUACGACUCAAGCACACAAUGAUGAAUAAAUCAAACUAGAAAAUGAUAAUUAAUUAAAUUAAAAAUUUGUUUACAGCCAGUUUUGUGUUUGAAGAUGAAUUCACAAUAUUUCAACGUCAAUAUUUACUUUACUCAUCGUUAUAAGGAUGUUCACUUGUGUAUGGAUGAUGUUCGCUUAUGUUUCUCUUUCUAAUCUCUAAAAUUCUUAUUGAAUCUUCGAGCUUUUCUUUGUAGAACAAUGCACUAUCGUUAUCAGUCAACGAAUACUUAGCUUCGUUAAAAUUAAAUGCUAAACCGCACACGACGUUGAAGGCUGACUCGUCGUAGCCGUGGCACCCUGAAUACCUGUAAGCUGGUUUCUUGUUGAAUUUGCAGUGAUUUGUAUUGGAACUGGCACCGAUUGGCUGUAUACACUGAGGUGUCAAGACGCACUUUAUCCAUGGAAGGAGAAUUUUAUCAUCGAGGAAUUUACUUUGAUGGAAGAAAACAGCAUCAAGUGUCACCUGACGAACAAAUAAAAAUGAAUCAUCAUCAGAGUCAAAAUAGUCGAACAUUCUUGGAUGAGUGCUGCUUGUAACAGGUAGUUUCUUAAUCUCGAGACUCUUCACAUGAUUUUGUUCUUCUGUUUUUCUUUUAAUGUCAUAAAACACUUUACUAUUGCCUCGCAAUCUCACAUGAUUCCCUGUGAAAAGAAUUGUCUUGAAUUUUGACAAAGCGUGCUUAAUAAUGAGUGGUCGAUAAAGAUGAAACUUGUCAUCCAUGAUGUAAAGAGGGUAGACACUAAAGUCAGGCUGAAUGAUAGUGCACUUAAUGUUGCUGCUAUUGCAUGUUAUUGACAAAGUCUGAAGAUCUUCUUCAGACAAUCCCAAGUUGUAUAUGUGAAGAUUUUCAUUUGCCAUGACACUGGCGAGAUUCUGAAGUUGUAGUAUCGAUGCAGCUAAUUGUCCUUCUAGUACAUAGCUCACAACUGAGAAAUUUUGUUUGGUUGUGUUGAGAAGAUUUGUGGAACCUCCCCGGGUUGUACUGACAUCUUCUUGAAAUCCUAAAAGUCGUAAAUAUUUCUCAUCUACAUCGAGUUGCUUCUCUUUCUCAGUACGGAGAUUUUCCUGGAUUUGUUUAAAUUGUUGAUUUGCUAUGUUUUGAAUGUUGGUGAUGUUAGUGCUAUUCCCCGGACCAAGGAUAAUAAGGAGAAAGCUGAAGAGUAUCACUAAAGCCAAAAGAAAUAUAAAAUUUUUUGUUCGCAUCGCCGCCUAAUGAAAAAUUUCCUUUUUUU